CCCCUCCCCGAGACCCACUGGACCCCGAACCCAGGGUGACGCUCCCCAGUUCCCCCAGCCCCGACCCUGGCACCAUGCAUCGGACCACACGGAUCAAAAUCACGGAGCUGAACCCUCACCUCAUGUGUGCCCUCUGCGGGGGGUACUUCAUCGACGCCACCACCAUUGUGGAGUGCUUGCAUUCCUUCUGCAAAACCUGUAUCGUGCGCUACCUGGAGACCAACAAAUACUGCCCCAUGUGUGACGUGCAGGUCCACAAAACCCGACCGCUGCUGAGCAUCAGAUCUGACAAAACCCUCCAAGACAUUGUCUACAAAUUGGUUCCUGGGCUUUUUAAAGAUGAGAUGAAACGGCGACGGGAUUUCUAUGCAGCGUACCCGCUGACAGAGGUCCCCAAUGGCUCCAAUGAGGACCGUGGCGAGGUCUUAGAGCAGGAGAAGGGGGCUCUGAGCGACGACGAGAUUGUCAGCCUCUCCAUCGAGUUCUAUGAAGGUGUCAGGGACCGGGAGGAGAAGAAGGGCCCCCUGGAGAAUGGGGAUGGAGACAAGGAGAAGCAGACGGGGGUUCGCUUCCUACGGUGCCCAGCAGCCAUGACCGUCAUGCAUCUCGCCAAGUUUCUCCGCAACAAGAUGGAUGUGCCCAGCAAGUACAAGGUGGAGGUUCUGUAUGAGGAUGAGCCACUGAAGGAGUACUACACCCUCAUGGACAUCGCCUACAUCUACCCCUGGCGGCGGAACGGUCCUCUCCCCCUCAAGUACCGAGUCCAGCCAGCCUGCAAGCGGCUCACCUUGCCCACAGGGCCCACUCCCUCCGAGGGCACCAACACCAGCGGGGCGUCCGAGUGUGAGUCAGUCAGCGACAAGGCUCCCAGCCCUGCCACCCUGCCGGCCACCUCCUCCUCCCUGCCCAGCCCGGCCACCCCCCUCCCCCAUCGGCAGCCAGUGGGGCCACCUCAGCGGCCAACGGGGGCACCUCGAACUGCCUGCAGACACCGUCCUCCACCAGCAGGGGGCGCAAGAUGACUGUCAAUGGAGCGCCUGUUCCCCCCUUAACUUGAGGAAAGGGACCCUCUCCUCCUUUUCCAGCCAUGCCCCUCCAUUCCCUCCACUUUUUCUGGGCCCUUUUUUUCCACCUCUUCUACUUUCCCCAGUUUUCCCCACCUUAGGGGUGGGGGACGGGUUUUAUAAAUAAAUCUAUAUAUAUAUGUACAUAGGAAAAACCAAAUAUACAUACUUAUUUUCUAUGGACCAACCAGAUUAAUUUAAUGCCACAGGAACAAGCUCUGUGUGUGUGUGUGUGUGUGUGUGUGUGUGUGUGUGUGUGUGUAUGUGGGGGACGGGGUGUUCAUUUUUAGAGGGUCUUGUGUCUCUUGCUUUGCUCUCUUUUCGGGGGUGCCUGGAGGUAGGCUGGAGGGACCACUAGAGGCUCAGUCAUGCUGUGCCCGUCCUCCCCAGGCAGAUGGGGUACCUGGGGCCUCAGCAGCCCCGGAAGAUUUAGGCUGCGUAUAGGAGCCUACCCUGUUCUCUUUCCCGCGAUUGUCCACCUGCCUGCCCGGCACCCCCACCCCAUUGUUGAAUGUCCAGAGAAUCGAUAAGACAGUGCCUUUUACAGACGCAGCUUGUUGUCCCCUGGCCCUGAGGGGCGAGUGGGCGGUAGAGAUGGGAAUCUCACCUCCCUCACCUCCUCCUCCUGCAGUGGAAGCUUCGUGCAAGGAAUAGAUAGUCCUGUCUCCUUUCCCCCUGUGUGUGUGGCCUUCACGUCAUUUAUCUUGUGGAAGAGAAGAUUCAGGCCAAGGGAGGCCUCAGCCCUUGAAAUUCCACUGUGGCUUUAGCAUUGUGAACUGGUUCACCCUUUCCGGCCCCCUCCCCUCACACCCAGGAACCCUCACUAGUGAGACUGGUGGUGAAGCCUCCCAUGGGGGCCUGGAGUAGAGGGCUGCAACGGGUUAAUAUCAGACAAGCACAGACCUCGGAUUUUGCCAAAGGCAAAUAGUCCUUCAGUCUCCUCCCUACCCCAGCUGAGUGACAGAGGCAUCUAAAAGCACAAGGGGACAGAAGCCUAUAAGGUAGGACCCCCGACCCCAGCGCCACCCUGCAAGGUCAAGGGAGAGCCCCCUAGGGGGCAGAUCACUGCCCACCUGGUCUUCCUCAAAUGGGUGCAGGAGAGGUAGUGAGCAGGCAGGAGGCUAGACCGCCACUACCAGGGUGUGGGUGGGAAGCUGCCACUGGGCUUGUCCAUGUUUACCCCUUGUCCCGUGUCCGAGGCCCUGUGACUGUACCUUCCUGCCCUGGGGCAUUUGUAUCUCUUGGCUUUGUAAUAAAUGCUGCAUACUGUC